AUUUUCACAAUAUUUUCGCCAGCCAAAUACAACAACAAACAGCGCUCCAAAAUUCUCUUUUAACUGAAGAACGAAAAGAGAGAAGAAAAACUAUCUUUCUAUUUUCAAUUUUUUUUUUGUGUAGUUGUGGGAAUGAAUGGAAGUGAAGGUGAAGGAAGUGUGAAAAUGGAAGUAGUAGAAAAGGAGAAAAUAGUGUAUAUGUGGGGAUAUUUACCAGGAGCUGUACCACAGAGGUCACCUUUGUUGUCUCCAGUUGUUGUUGUGAGGAUUCCACAGUCGGGAAAUUACUUAUGGAAGGAUGUUUGUGGUGGUGGUUGUGGAUUUGCUAUGGCCAUUUCAGAUUCUGGGAAGCUCAUUACAUGGGGUUCAACGGAUGAUUUAGGCCAAUCCUAUGUGACAUCAGGGAAACAUGGGGAAAUUCCGGAGCCUUUUCCCCUUCCUGAUGAAGUUUUAGUAGUAAAAGCCGCUGCCGGUUGGGCACAUUGUGUUGCAGUUACAGGAAAUGGAGAAGUGUAUACAUGGGGUUGGAAGGAAUGUAUUCCUUCUGGAAAGGUUCUUGGAGAGCCAGCUGUAGACAAGGAGGUAAACGAUGGACAGAGUUCAUUCCUGGCACAGCAAGUAAGCCCUCACCCCCAGGGAUCGAGGUCCAUGUUUGGAGCAGUGUCUCAUAUAGAGACUAGAAGUGGAGAGGAUAGUGCGAAACGUAGACGGGUAUCAUCAGCUAAGCAACAAGCUGAGAGCUCAACCUCAGGGGAUGAAGGUCUCUCAGCAUUGCCAUGUUUAGUCGCAUUAAAUCCAGGGGUGCGGAUUGUCAGUGUAGCAGCUGGUGGCCGGCAUACACUGGCAUUGUCAGAUAUAGGACAAGUGUGGGGUUGGGGCUAUGGAGGGGAAGGACAGCUUGGUCUAGGCUCCAGGAUUCGAAUGGUAUCCUCUCCACAUCCUGUGCCGUGCAUUGAUUCUUCUCCUUCGCGAAAGGACAGAGCUAUGGGCCUUUCUCAUGGAUGUCCAGGAUCAGAGGGACAAGGCCUCAGAGUUCCUGGGAAUUACGUCAAGAGAAUUGCCUGCGGGGGCCGACACAGUGCAGUAAUUACAGAUGCUGGAGCGUUAUUAACUUUUGGUUGGGGAUUGUAUGGACAGUGUGGUCAAGGGAGUACAGAUGAUGAGCUAAGUCCGACGUGUGUAUCUUCAUUACUUGGCAUCAGGAUAGAAAGUGUAGCAGCAGGGCUCUGGCACACUGUAUGCAUUUCUGCAGAUGGUGAUGUAUAUGCAUUUGGAGGGAACCAAUUUGGGCAGUUAGGCACUGGCGCCGAGCAGGCUGAGACACUACCUCGGCUCCUGGAUGCUCCAAAUUUGGAGAACAUGCAUGUGAAAGUUGUAUCAUGUGGAGCACGACAUACUGCCGUAGUCACAGAUGAUAGCAAAGUGUUCUGCUGGGGAUGGAACAAGUAUGGUCAGCUUGGACUGGGUGAUGUGAUUGAUCGGAAUAUUCCAUCCCAAGUCUCAAUCGAUGGUCAUGUACCGACAAAUGUCGCUUGUGGGUGGUGGCACACACUUCUACUAGCUGAAUCACCUACGUGAACUACUCAUCUUAUUGAUGCCAUUCAAAGUUUUGUUAGGUUAGGUGCUUUCGGUUUUCUACUUCAAGAUCCUCGUUAUGAUAUAUGCAUAUGGUACAUAUUGUAGUUUGCAUGCAUAUACAUGUUAGCAUGGAGUGAUUCUUUACAAGAAUAAGGUGGUCAUCAUCUUCCUUCCAAGCAACAACUUGGGAAGAACAAGAAGUCGUCGCUAUCAUGUCAAGACAACUUAGUCUAUCUGUGUAAAUCCUCUUCGCGACUGGAUUUUCUGAUGUAUCAAAGAUACUCUAUAGCAUUAGAGCAGUCAUUAUGAUGGCUUUUGUGGUACCUUUUCAGUCGGGUUCCUUCAAUGUGUACUUCAUAUUGUGUUCUGAGGGAUGAUUGAAAUGUGAUCUCUUUAUUACUAUGCAGAGCUGGGUUCAGAUCUCUGCUAAGACUUUACCAUAUCAAUUCUUGUGUUUCCUUUUUCC